AUGGAGACACCUAAACAAGCAUGUUGGCUUGUUAGGAAAAAAUUUUAUGCAAGGAAGUGGUAUGGACUCAAUGACCUUUACACAGAUAUGCAGCAGUUCACGCAAGCUGACAAGUUCAUAAUCAAGAAAGCAUACUUGCAUCUGAGUCCCCAAUAUCCUAAAGUUGCGUGGAAGAGCCUCAAUAUGGGACCAUGUCUUGUACCAAAGUACCAGUUUAUACUAUGGCUUGCACUGCAGAAGAGACUCACUACAGCUGAUAGAUCGGCCAAAUGGGGAAUACAAGUUCCUAGGAACUGUGUAUUAUGUGUGUCUGAUGCUGAAGAAACACACUCACACCUAUUUUUUGAAUGUGAAUACUCAAGACAACUAUGGAGCUCCUUCUUAUGCUGGAUUGGAGAAAACAGUCAAGUAGGAAGCUGGGACGAGGAAGUUGAAAGGAUAACAACCAAAAAGUGCAGCAGCAAAGCUCAUGCAGAGGUCCUAGGAUGGCUGAAAGUUGCGCGUGUCUAUCAUAUUUGGGAUGAGCACAACGCCAGAAGAUUCCAAAAACAACAACGAGAUCGGAGACUUAGAUCAAGGAAGAUUGUUAUCCAACUGCAGAGUAAAGGACAACCUAGGAGCAGAUGGAAAAGGCUAUCAGAAAAUGCAAACUCAUACCCAAAUUUAGUAUAG